UGAGAGAGGGUUUCGGAAAACUAUCACGCCUAUCUCUUUGUUGUGUUAUUUAACAAAACAUAUAUUUUUUCAUUUUGUUUUAAAUUUGAUCUGACUGUUUGUAGUUGACGGAUUUUCAAUCCGAGACGCAACUAGGAAGGUUCUCAGGGCACAUAGGGGAGGAAAACAAAAAUCCGAAGUGCAAGUGAUGGGUAAACGGACUCUCACAAGGUUCCUGUGCUUCAGGAUUUGAGAGGGGAGCAUGCUGCGCUCUUCAAGGGCAAGACACACCGGGACACGGAAAGGCCGGGUGACCACAGACCAGGGAUGUAGUUGGAUUCUUGAAAGAUGAAAAUAAAAAUGUGUGCACUGCUGACUUUGCAAGAUAUAAGAAACAAGUAGCACACUCAGGCAGAGUCCAAACAUUUCAGGUCCCCAACAAAAAAAAAAAAAAAAGAACAUUUUCUUAAGCUUCCAGUGGGACGAAUAUGAAUUUCCUUUCAGCGUUAGUUCGAUUCGAGAACCUCCAUGAGGUUCGAAGAUUGUGCCACUGGGGCCCAAUCAUAGCCCUCUCUGUCAUUGCUAUAUGUUCAACCAUGGCAAUCAUAGACUCAGUCAUCUGGUACUGGCCUCUAGACACCACUGCAGGCAGCAUUAACUUCCUCAUGCUCUUAAACUGGACUGUUCUUAUCCUUUACAACUACUUCAACGCCAUGUUUGUUGGGCCUGGAUAUAUUCCUCUUGGCUGGAAACCAGAAAACCCAAAAGAUACCCAAUUCCUACAAUACUGCAGGAUUUGCCAAGGAUACAAGGCACCCAGAUCCCACCACUGUCGCAAGUGUAACAGGUGUGUUAUGAAAAUGGACCAUCACUGCCCAUGGAUCAACAACUGCUGUGGCCAUUUGAACCAUGCCUAUUUCACCAGCUUCCUGCUGCUGGCGCCGUUGGGAUGCUCCCACGCUGCCUUCAUCUUUGUUAUGACCAUGUACACGCAGCUCUAUGAGAGGAUUUCAUUUGGGUGGAGUACUGUAAAGAUUGACAUGAGCGCUGUUCGCCAGUUUCAGCCCCUCAUGCCCUUCAGUGUUCCCGCCUUUGCUGCCACACUCUUUGCCUUAGGUUUGGCAUUGGGUACUACUAUUGCAGUUGGAAUGCUUUUUUUCAUACAGAUGAAAGUCAUAUUGAGAAAUAAGACCUCAAUCGAGUCCUGGAUUGAGGAAAAGGCCAAAGACCGAAUACAGCACUACCAAACAGGGGAGGAGUUUGUCUUCCCUUAUGACCUCGGAAGCCGCUGGCUGAAUUUCAAGCAUGUUUUUACAUUGUCAGGGACACCCAGAGGGAAUGGUCUUGAAUGGCCUGUUCAUUCCAAGUGUCACCAAUAUACCUUAACUAUAGAGCAGCUGAAACAAAAAGCUGAUAAACGAGUGAGAAGCCAGGUCCAAUACCAGGCAGUGGAAGACUACAAUGGAGCUUGCUGCCCCCUGAAUAAGGGUUUUCGAACCUUUUUUAGAACUCCCUGCACAGAGGAGCCCAGAAUUCCCCUCAGCAAGGGAGAAACCAUCCUAGCAACUCGUGGAACCAAGUGGUGGAUGUAUGGAGAUAAAAUUGUUAGUGAGGAAGAAAUGAGAGCUGGAGUACGCGUCCGAGGUUGGUUUCCAAGGCGAUGCGUGGAGAAGUGCCACUACGACACAGCUGCCAAUGAAAGCACCAGCGAUAAGAAAGUAAAUUAGUGCAUGUGGAUAGCUUUUCCUUUGACUGAUAGGAGGUUUAAUUAAACACAAGAUGUCUGUCUAUGUUCAUAAAUUUAAGUUUUAGUGACGAUGUGCCGGAUGCUGCAGUCUUAUAAUCUGUAAUGUCAUAAUUUGAUUAAAUAAUCCCAUGCAUUAUAGUUCUAACUUAAUUUUUUAGACUGGGUGAAAGGCUUAUUUAGUAUUUAUCUGUCAAAUAUCUUAAAGGGACUGAGGGUUCUAGUUGGGUUCAUCUUGCAGGAUAAAAUGCCUUAAUUAUCAACAAUAGCCAACAAGCUUCAAUGUACCUUCAUAAUUAUCUGUGACUUUUUACUCCAAUCUGUUCUACUUUUGUUGCUCUGUGUUUUUUCUUUUUUACUCAUGUAAUGCCGCUGCUCGGCUAACCCCAGGGCUUCAUCAUGCAACUCUCUGUACCGUAUGGAGAUAACACUCUUUGUUUAUAUUAUUUUUGUAGGCACAAGCUGUUGGCCUCAACUUAUAAAUUGAAAAUUAAAAAAAAGAUCUACAGCAAGA